AUGGCCGACCCUUCAAUGUAUAACACAAUGGGUCAGGGAUCUGCCGACCCCUCCAAUCCACAGUACAUGGCUCAAGCUCCCCCUCACCAGCAUCCUACUGGGAAUCCUCCCGGCGCCGCGCCUCCACAACCAGGAGCGCCUUACGCCAACCCAGCGCCGAAUCAGUGGCCCGCCUACGGCUCACCACAACAACCGGGUUUGGCGAGUCCCGGCAUCGCAUACAAUACACCACAACAGCCAAUGGGUGCAGCAGGAGAUCCUAGUGUGGCAGGCCUAUCCUCUCAGAUGAGCGGGCUGGGAAUUGCAGCAGAUGCGGGGGCCAGGACACAUCGGAAGAAGCACCGUCAUGCUCACCACGACAUCGGGGGUGGUGCAGCACCCCCUGCGCAAGGAUUUAAUACUGGAAUGGAUCAAGGAGGUUUUCAGCAGCCGCAGCAACAACAGCAACAUUCGCAGUUCCUGAACACGGGCUUGAAUCAGCAUGCUGAGCGACCAGUUUCCCCGGCGGUGGGGUUGGUAUCUGGACAGUCUGUCGCCGAUAUACCUGGCAUGCCGAGUGGUGCAGGUUCUGUCCCUACUUCAGGCCGAAUUGACCCAGAGCAUAUUCCCAGUAUCCCACGAUCGCGUGACCUGCCCGCUCAGUACUAUUUCAACCAUGUCUACCCGACAAUGGACCAACACCUCCCCCCACCAGCGGCGAUUCCGUUCGUGGCUCAGGACCAGGGUAACUCCUCUCCUAAAUACGCUCGUUUAACGCUCAACAACAUUCCCUCCGCCUCUGACUUCCUUACCUCGACCGGCUUGCCAUUGGGCAUGAUCUUGCAGCCCCUCGCGCCUCUGGAUCCUGGCGAACAACCGAUCCCCGUGCUGGACUUCGGGGAUGUUGGUCCCCCGCGAUGCCGACGAUGCCGAACAUAUAUCAACCCAUUUAUGUCCUUCCGAUCUGGCGGCAGCAAGUUCGUUUGUAAUAUGUGCACGUUCCCGAACGAUACGCCCCCGAAUACUUUGCGCCGCUGGACCCGUCCGUUUACAGUCCCGAAGGAAUACUGGAUCAAGGAGCCGGUAGGCCUUCAAACCCUCUUUGUGAUCGAUGUCAGCCGGGAGUCGGUUCAUCGGGGAUUCCUCAAGGGUGUUUGUGCAGGUAUCAAUGAUGCUCUGUAUGGCAAUGAGGAUGAACCAUCAGAGGGCACUGAAGGCGAUGAAUCAUCACGAAAAUUGCCCGUUGGAGCGAAGGUUGGCAUCGUUACGUAUGAUAAGGAGGUGCACUUCUACAACCUGACCGCGUCAUUGGAACAAGCUCAAAUGAUGGUUAUGACCGAUAUGGAUGAGCCAUUUGUGCCGUUGAGUGAAGGUCUCUUUGUGGACCCAUAUGAAUCGAAGUCGGUGAUCACUUCUCUUCUCAGCCGGAUACCCAAAAUGUUCUCUUCUAUCAAAAACCCUGAGUCAGCUUUGCUGCCGACAUUGAACUCGGCGCUAUCCGCACUGCAGGCUACAGGUGGCAAGAUCGUUUGCGCGCUGGCUAGCUUACCUACCUGCGGUCCGGGGCACUUGUCAGUCAGAGAAGAUCCUAAAGUUCAUGGAACGGAUGGGGAACGGAAACUAUUCACCACAGAAAACCCAGCUUGGAAGAAGACGGCAAGCAAGUUGGCUGAAGCUGGCGUGGGCUUGGAUCUGUUCAUGGCAGCCCCCGGUGGCACCUACCUCGAUGUGGCAACAAUUGGACAUGUUUCUAGUCUUACCGGAGGCGAGACCUUCUUUUACCCUAAUUUCCAUGCUCCGCGCGAUCUUCUCAAGCUGCGGCAUGAAAUCACUCAUGCCGUUACUCGUGAGACGGGAUAUCAGACCCUAAUGAAAGUCCGAUGCUCCAAUGGACUCCAAGUGUCCGCCUACCACGGAAACUUUGUCCAGCACACACUCGGUGCUGAUCUGGAGAUUGCCGGUGUCGAUGCCGACAAGGCCUUUGGCGUGCUCUUCAGCUACGACGGGAAACUUGAUCCCAAGCUGGAUGCGCACUUCCAGGCCGCCUUGCUUUACACUUCCGCAGACGGUCAACGUCGUGUCCGAUGUAUCAACGUUGUGGCGGCUGUGAAUGAAGGAGGUAUGGAGACGAUGAAGUUUGUCGAUCAGGAUGCCGUGGUCUCGGUUAUUGCCAAAGAGGCCGCCUCGAAAACUCUGGAUAAGACCCUCAAGGACAUCCGAGCCAAUAUCUCAGAGAAGACAGUCGAUAUAUUCAGCGGAUACCGCAAGAUCUUCUCCGGCUCGCACCCACCGGGCCAGCUGGUUCUACCUGAGAACCUGAAGGAGUUCUCGAUGUACAUGCUUAGCUUGGUCAAGUCAAGAGCAUUCAAAAGUGGACCCGAGUCAUCAGACCGACGGGUGCAUGACAUGCGCAUGAUCCGGUCAAUGGGCUGCACGGAAAUGUCCUUGUACCUCUACCCUCGCAUUAUCCCCGUGCACAACAUGCAGCCGGAAGAUGGCUUUGCGAACGAGCACGGACAGCUCCAAAUCCCGCCCUCCCUGCGAGCCAGCUUCUCGCGUAUUGAAGAAGGUGGUGUCUACAUUGUGGAUAACGGCCAGGCAAUCCUACUCUGGCUGCACGCGCAGGUCUCGCCCAAUUUACUGGAGGAUCUAUUCGGGCCAGGCAAGGACUCCCUUCAGGGUCUGAACCCCAACACCUCAGCCCUGCCUGUGCUCGAGACGCACCUGAACGCACAGGUGCGUAACCUGCUGCAGUACCUGUCGACAGUGCGUGGGUCCAAGUCCGUAGCGAUCCAACUGGCCCGGCAAGGCCUGGACGGGGCGGAAUACGAGUUCGCCCGACUUCUUCUGGAGGACCGGAAUAACGAGGCCCAGAGCUAUGUGGACUGGCUUGUGCACAUCCACCGUCAGAUUAACUUGGAGUUGGCUGGUCACCGCAAGAAAGACGAGGGUGGCGAAGGCGCAUUGGCUAGUUUGUCGGCCAUGCGCGCUCCGUAUUGGUAG